AUGCCGGGCAUGCAGAGCCCUCGAGGGUCGUCCUGUCGUCAGAGCCAGACCCACUCUCGCACAGCCAGAGCCGAGCUGGCAUUCUCAGUGAGCCACAUGGAGCGCCUUCUGCGGGACGGCCACUACGCCCAGCGGCUGAGCUCCUCUGCACUAGUUUUCCUAGCUGCCAUAGUCCAGUACCUGACGUCCAAGGUCCUGGAGCUGGCGGGCAACGAGGCCCAGAACAGUGGCAGGAGGCGCAUCACCCAGGAGCAGGUGGACAUGGCCGUCCACAACAACGCGCUGCUCAGCGGCUUCUUCGGGACCACGACGAUCUCCCAGGUUGCCCUUGCGCAGGAGUAG